AUGACAUGUUUUGAUGCAAAGGAUGAGGCUCUUCGCUGCAAGGUUCAAAGCGCCAAGAUUCUGGUCGUGGGCGCUGGAGGUAUUGGCUGCGAGCUGCUGAAGAAUCUGGUGCUUAGCGGCUUUGCCGACAUCCAUCUCAUUGAUCUGGACACGAUCGACGUCUCGAAUUUGAACCGUCAGUUCCUCUUCCGAUCGCAUCAUGUGGGCCAACCCAAGGCGCUCGUGGCCAAGGAGAUAGCCAUGAGAUUCAAUCCGAAGGCCAAAGUCGUGGCGCAUCACGGUAACAUCAAGAGCAGCCAGUUCAGUCUCGAGUAUUUCCAGCAAUUUUCGCUGGUGUUCAACGCACUGGACAAUGUGGACGCCCGGAAGCACGUGAACCGUCUAUGUCUGGCCACGGACAGACCGCUAAUUGAGAGCGGCACGACGGGCUACUUGGGCCAGGUCUCGGUCAUUAAAAAAGGCGAGACUGAGUGCUACGAGUGCACGCCCAAGGUCUCGCAGAAACAGUACCCAAUAUGCACAAUCCGUAGUACGCCGGAGAAGAUGGUGCACUGCAUUGUGUGGGCUAAGGAGUGUUACAAAUUGCUCUUUGGCAAGAUGGAGGAUUCGAUGUUGUGGGAGGAUCCGACAAAUGAAGACAAGUCGGCCUUCAUGGACCUUGUCACGCGUUCAUUGGAUAUGGACGUAGACGAUGCGACAAUACUGCAAGAGUACGCGUGCAACGUCUUCCGCGGUCUCUUUGACUUUGAGAUCAAGAAGAGGCUUGAGAUGAAGACAUACGAGACUGCUGCUAAACGUCCAUGCCCACUGGUGUUAGAAGACAUUGUUGGCACGAAUAUUGUACAGGCGAUUAGCUUGAACGAGACAGUAGCUACAAAGCAGUCGAAUGACGGAAAGGCCUGGAGCGACCGGGACGUGUGGAGCGUCUCGGAGUGCGUGACUCGCUUUGUUUCGUGCAUUACUCGUAUCCUGGGCAGCGAGCAGGCUCGUGCUAACCUGGGCAGUUAUGAGUUCGAUAAAGACGACAUCAAUGCGAUGGAGUUCGUUACCGCGGCUGCCAACUUGCGUGCAUCCGUAUUUUCGAUUGAAAUGGAGUCGCUCUACAAUUGCAAGGGUAUUGCCGGUAAUAUCAUUCCGGCCAUUGCUACUACGAACGCCAUCGUGGCUGGUUUUCAGGUGCUGGAAGCUUACAGUAUACUGCAGGCAGCAAAGCCAGUGGGAGAAGCGUGCAAAUACACGCACUGCAACCGCUCGUGGAACGCCAGCGGCGUGUUGAUUCAGCCCUGCGCGCUCGAAAAGCCCAACUUACAAUGCUAUGUGUGCUCAAAGCGUACAGUUGAGCUGGCCGUGGACACGACCCACAUGCUGUUGUGCGACUUGGUCGACCAGGUACUGAAGAAGAAGCUGGGCAUGAACGAGCCCACUAUUUCGAUUGGUGCCAACACGAUUUACGAAGAGGGCGAGGACGCCGAAACAAGCUUGGCUGUCAACUUGGGGAAGAAGCUCGUGGAUCUGCCUGGCAAAGGUAUCCAUCACGAAACCACAGUGUCCGUCGAGGAUUUCUCACAAGAUUUCCGCUGCAAUAUCCGCGUGCUGCAUCGCGACCAAGGCGAGUUUGGCGAAGACGCAACGGAGUUGUUUGCGCUAGGCGGUGACAUUGCCAAGUUGGCUGCAGAUUUGAAAGCAGAGGAGGCCAAGCAAGAAGCGCUCAAGUCGGUUGCUGGUUCUUCUCAAGAUAAAGCGGAUGCUAAAGACGACGACGAGUUCAUGGAAAUGGCGGACCCAGCCAAUGUCAUUGUGUUGAAGCGUGAGAGAGUAUCCAAUGACUUGGUACAAGAUGGUCCGACUUCAAGCAAGAAGGCCAAGUCGAGUGUCACGGAUGAGCUGUAG